CCAGUUCUAUAGAAACGUACAGGAAAACUGCUGUCAGCCCUGACCUCUGUAAACAUUUUCCUGAUGAGUUUACAGCCUCAGCCAGACAAUAAGUGUAUUUUGUAAAUUUUGGUUAUCCCUAUUUAAGAAAGCAGAAUGAUCAAAGUCAGAAUCACACCUUGCUCUGUUAUGGCAGUAACGAAAACACAUCUCAGAGCUUCAUAACAGUACUUUCCAAGUCAAUCUGUGACAUCUCAAUAGCUACAUUUUAAAAAAAUAUCGUUUAUGGUUGAGUCAUGCAAAGAACUGCUCUGCUCGUGCUCUACAUUAGUUUAACCUUUGUUGAGUUUUAUAGAAAUUUUACACCACCACCAUGUGAAGGGCAUGGUUGUGUGUGUCUGUCCAUGCAUGAAGGUUACAUUCACAACAUCUGUUGUUCAUGCUGGAUGUGACGUUCAGUGUUUUUAUGGAACUGAAUGAAACUCCACAGGCAGCAGCUAAUGACAACCACUAACUAGAUUUAAUUAGCCGUUUUGGGAUGUUGUCACAGUCUGGCUGAGGCAGACUGUAUGUGUUUGCAAGAGAGGACUCAAACGCAGACCAAAAACUGAGCGUGACAUGGAUUUAACAAAAAACAAGCUGUUUAUUGAGGCUAGGAAACAAGGUACAAAGAAAGGGCAUAGGUGGAACUAAACAAUAACCUAAACUGGGUGAACUAAAACUAAACAUGAAAAAACCUUAAACAUGGUAAACUGACAUGGAUACCUGAAGUUGUGAUGUGAAUGAGCAGAUGACCUGACAAGGAAUGACUGAAGACACACGGACUAAAUACACACAGGAGGAUAAUGAGGGAAAUUGAAACACAUGGGGAAACAGCUGAUACACAUGAACAUAACGUCACACGAGGAGAGUAAAACUAAAAACAUUGAACAUAGGAACACAGGACCCCUUCAAAAUAAAACAGGAAACAUGUUGAGACGCAGACAUGACAACAUGAACUUGACAACAUAAGACUCACAGACAUGAAACACAUGAAGGCCAAGGGAGACUUCACAGGGGUUGAAAACACAAGGGGGAACUAAUAAGCAAAUGAACAUAGGAAACCUAAUAAGCCUAAACAUACACUAUAAACAUCAAAAAAACUAAAACUCAAAACACUGGGUCAAAAGACCCAGGAUCGUGACAGAUGUGACCAGCCGCCCUUUUUCCCCCCUUAUUUCUACGAAGACGAAUUGGGGUUUAAGUCUCUGAAGACUGUUGUGUUCUGGGAGCUUUUUUCAGGGAUUUGAUUGGCUCGGAGGUAGCUGUGAUGGGUUGGUGGCAACAAGAAAACAAAGCUGUAAAUUGGCAUCCUCAUCCUGGGUUAAAAGCAUGAGACUGAUAUUGCUUCCAUGUUUGAAAAGUGAAGCCAAUGUAGAGAUACCUUAAAUUAGCAUUUUUUAAUGGCAAACAGGGGCUGACAGUUGUGUGAUGGCAUCAGCCACACAGGGGUAAAUCAGUCCAUUUUUUACUUUAUUAGUUUGCUUUGCAGUUUUCUUCAUUAAUCUAAUUCAUUAAUCAUUUGGUUAAACCUAACACUGGUAUUAUGAGGCGCGCACAUAGUAACAUUGUAUGGUUUUCUAAAAUGUUUUGUUAUAUUAAUUAUGUUUCUCUCUCUUUGAGUUACCUGGGUUUGGGCGGUGGCUGUUUCCUGUCUGGGCAAAAGGCGUGGCUGAGGACUCUGGGAACAAAAUGCCUGCUCAGCAGGACCAACCAUGGGCUCACCAGGAGCAGGGGUGUUAUGGUUUAGUUAGGUUAUUCUGUGCUUAGUUAAUAUUAGUGUGUUUUGUUUCCUCCCCUAUUGUGUGUAAAUGGUUUGGCCAAAUCAUUAUAAAAGCUACCCUCAUGUGUCUUUGUAAUUAGGUCAGUUGUGUCUCAUUUUGUUUUGUUUAAGUUAGAGUUAUAUUUAGUUGACCUCUUUUAUGGGCCUGCUAAGUAUGUUUUUGAAUUUUGUUAAUUUUGGACUGUUUUGAGGGUUAAAAUAAAGAAAACCCUUUUUGAAGAUACUUUUUUGCCUGUGUCCUCUAUGCUUUGGCUGCUUGGACCCUCACAAGUGGUGGCAGCAGUGGGAUCUGCCAGUUGAGGACACAGUUUUGUUUUUUUUUAUUUCUUUGAGGUUUUUUCACCCCCAGAAAAAAGGAAAAUGCAUCGGGGAGGAAAGGUGGACAAGAAGAAAGGAGUAACUGUUCAGAAGGAAGCUGAUGCUGAGGAGGAAAUUGGAGUCUCUGAAAUGGUGGAGAGCACUGAGGUUGAGGAAAGGGAGCUAUCUCUGUCAGAUCUGAUGUCAAUAUUGCAAGCUCAUAUGGGUCAACAGGAGGACAGGAAGCAAGGCAAGAAGAGGCAGCGAUUCCGUUCACUGGAAGUGAGGCCUGAUGAGAACCCUAAGGAGUUGUAUGCUCGUCUUAAAGAUCUGUACAGAAAAUUAAUUCAACCAAAAGGUAAAACGAACCAAGAAAUUGGUGAAAUAAUCAUCCUUGAACAAUAUUUGAGAAUGUUGUCUCCUGAGCUACAGGUUUGGAUUCGAGAGCACAAUCCGUCUUCUGCAGCGAAGGCAGCUGAACUGGCAGAAGUGUUUGUAGCUGCCAGGAGGAAAGGACAAUCCUGGACCUGUAGUUCAAAUAAAAUGCCAAAGGAAGGCCCCAAAUCAGCCCAGAUGUACCAUCAAAGGCCAGUGUCAGCUGAUAAAACUCCUGCGGGGAAGUACCACAAGCCUCCACUGGUUUCUCUCCGUUUGAACCUUUGUAUGGGUAUGAGAUGAGGGAGCGACUGCAGAAAAUGAGUGAGCUUACUCAGUUAAAUAUGACCAAAAUCCAGCAGAAGCAGAAGUUUUGGAAUGACAGAGCAGCUCGUCAGAGGUCUGUUAGUCCUGGACAAAAGGUGUUGGUGCUCCUCCCUACUGACAACAACAAGCUAUUGGCUAAGUGGCAAGGGCCCUUUGAGGUUCAGAAGAAAUUGGGGUCCACUACUUAAUAGGUGUUCAUCCCUGGAAAGCCACGCUCCAGCAGGGUUCUGCACAUAAAUCUUUUGAAGGAAUGGGUGCAGCGCCCUGAAAAGACAGCAGAAGUGAUGCUCAUAAGGGGUGUGCCAGAGGAAGAAGAGGUUGGUGAGCAAUACUUACCUUCUGCUGAUGCAGCAGACUUUGACCUUAGUCAUCUGCCGGAUGAUAAACGGCUUCAGGUGAGAGCUGCAUGCAACCCUGAAGUGUUUAAAGUGAAUCCUGGCCGAACAGAUAUUGUUGAGCAUGACAUUGUCAUUAAAGAGGGUGUCUCAGUAAAGCGUUUGAGCUACAGGAUUCCAGAACGUCUGCUGACAUCCCUGAAGAAGGAAAUUGACCUCAUGUUGUCCUUGGGGAUCAUCGAGCCAUCAAAGAGUGAGUGGUGUAAUCCGGUGGUCCUGGUGCCAAAGAAGGAUGAAAGCACGAGGUUCUGUAUAGACUUCAGGUACAUAAACUCAAUAUCACUGUUUGACUCAUACGCCACGCCACACAUUGAUGAUUUGCUGGAACGGCUGGGGAAGGCAAAGUAUUUGACCACACUUGACCUGUGCAAGGGAUAUUGGCAGGUGCCACUCACGGAGCGAUCAAAGAAGUUAACUGCCUUUCGAACACCUUGGGGGCUCUUCCAAUUUACAGUGAUGCCAUUCUGGCUGCAUGGGGCUCCAGCAACCUUUCAGAGAUUAAUGGACCAGGUACUAUGUGGUCUCUCAGAUUUUGCAUCUGCAUAUCUUGAUGAUAUUGUCAUCUACAGCACCACAUGGGAGGAACACUUGGAACAUCUGCAUGCUGUCUUCGACCGUCUUGGCGCUGCUGGGUUGAUGGUGAACCCCUCAAAGUGUGUUUUUGCCUCUGCUGAGACUGAGUACCUGGGCCAUGUGAUCGGGAAUGGGGUGAUCAAGCCUCAGGUCAGUAAGAUCCAAGCCAUUGAGUCUUGUCCUCUCCCACAGACAAGGAAGCAACUAAGAUCCUUUUUGGGCAUGGCAGGUUUUUAUCGUCGGUUCAUACCACGAUUCUCCACCAGGGCAGCUCCACUAAUGGACUUGACAGGCAUCAAGUGUCUUAAUCAGAUUAACUGGACAGAGGAGGCUAUAGCAGCUUUCAAGGACAUCAGUCAAUCACUGAGUAGUGAACCAGUUUUGUACAGUCCAUCUCAUAGGGGUCUGGGAGCAGUGCUACUUCAAGGUUUGGAAGGAGAACGUCACCCUGUUGCUUACAUCAGCCGAAAGCUGUUCCCAAGAGAGGUUCGGUAUUCAACAGUGGAAAAGGAGGCCCUUGCCAUCAAGUGGGCCCUUGAUUCCUUCAGGUACUACCUUCUUGGAAGGGAAUUCACCCUGGAGACAGAUCACAGUGCACUUCAGUGGAUGGAAAAGAUGAAAGAUAAGAACGGAAGGAUCACAAGAUGGUACCUUGCUCUGCAAGUCUGCAGUUUGUGAGUUAAGUUGUGUCUCACUUUGUUUUGUUUAAGUUUCUGGAAAUUACUUUUCGUAGCGUUAUAUUUAGUUGACCUCUUUUAUGGGCCUGCUAAGUAUGUUUUUGAAUUUUGUUAAUUUUGGACUUUUUGAGGGUUAAAAUAAAGAAAACCCUUUUUGAAGAUACUUUUUUGCCUGUGUCCUCUAUGCUUUGGCUGCUUGGUCCCUCACAAGUUGUAUAAAAAGCUAUAUGAAAAUGAUCCUUUGCUUGCUCCAUUGGUGGUUUUCUGAUGGCCCUCUGUGGGCUGUCCACAGAAAACUGUAAUGGGGCACCAAUGUGGGGUAAAGCAGUUUUGACCUUUUGGGUCUCCAUGAUGAACAUCCUGCCCACACAGCCCCAUAGUUAGCAUGGCCCAUAUCAGUAUAUUUGUGGGACAUUAUUUAGGGAAAUGUGGCUGUUGUGGAGAAGCUGAAAUCACAGAACAUGUUUCCUUACACUGUCAGACAUAUUUGUCAGAGAAAAGUUAAACUGGAUUUCAUUGAUACAAGAACUAAAGGAGAGAAAGAUAUCAGACCACCUUUUCUAAGACAGACUAACUUGUUUGAUUCGAUUUUUUUUAAAUGUUAGUUUUUUUUAUUUUAUGCAGGAAUGUGAUCAGUGUUGGAGUAACAGAAUAUAAGAAGAAUCUAGUGAUUUCCAAUUCCAUCCUCAUAUCACUUAUCAAUCAGAUUCUUCAUUGACUGAAAGUCAUCAAAGUUAAGCAGCAAAUCAAUGACAUUACAUUCCUGCAGAUUAAAUGUGUCUGUGUGGUCAAAAGGUAACAACACUACAGGUUGCUGUAGUUAUAGCUAUCAAAUAAAUA